CUUUUAUCCGUCCAGAACAACUGAAACCCAUCGAUCAUCGUGUAUAGAAAAGUAUUGUCCUCAAUCAAGUGUGAACAACCCUGUCUUUGGAUGCACUUUAAUUCCUCUUGAAGACAAUAUAACAGCUAUUGACAUCUGUAGCUCAGGAAAUGAUGUCACUAGGCUCCUCCCACCCCUUACCUGAACAGAGGGGUAGGGCCAGAUUGAAGUCGUCUGUACAGACAGGAAAAAAAACAAGGAACCGUUCACAACCUGUUUGUCUUUGGCGGAAAACUUUUUUAUGUGAAAAAGAGAACCCGGAGUGCACAGGAUCGUAUUAAACAGCUUGAAAAAUGGACGUCCCAGAAAAUUCCCCAGGGAUUAUGGGACUUCUGAAAACUUUUGACGCUUCAGAGUUUGGGAGUUGGGAAAAGAUUGGCUCCGGCGGCUUUGGACAGGUGUACAAAGUACGACAUAUGCAGUGGAAAACAUGGUUGGCGAUCAAGUGCCCUCCCAGCCUUCAUUCAGAUGAAAAGGAACGCGCUGAACUUUUAGAGGAGGCUAAAAAGAUGGAAGCGGCUAAGUUCCGCUACAUCCUCCCCGUAUACGGCAUCUGCAGCGAUCCGCAGGGACUGGUAAUGGAAUACAUGGAGACGGGCUCUCUGGAAACUCUCCUGGCCUCGGAGCCGCUGCCCUGGGAGCUGCGUUUCCGUAUCAUCCACGAGACGGCGGUGGGGAUGAACUUCCUGCAUUGCAUGAACCCGCCCCUCCUUCAUCUCGACCUUAAACCUGCCAACAUCCUGUUAGAUGCACACUACCACAUCAAGAUUUCUGAUUUCGGCCUGGCAAGGUGGAACGGCUUUGCGAGGAAUGACGAUAUUAGCCGUGAUGGCUUUUGUGGCACCAUCGCCUACCUUCCUCCAGAGAGAAUCAUAGAAAAAGACAGAAUCUCUGACACUAAACACGAUGUGUACAGUUUUUCCAUUGUUAUCUGGGGAAUCCUGACUCAGAAGAAGCCAUAUCAAGGAGAGAAUAACAUCCUGCACAUAAUGGUGAAAGUGGUGAAGGGCGUUCGUCCGGAUCUCAGCGUUAUUCCCCGCAGUCGUCCUCAGGCCUGCUCGGGGUUCCUGUCCCUUAUGCAGAAAUGCUGGGCACAUUCCCCUCAAGCCAGACCCAGUUUUCAAGAGAUCACAUCGGAGGCCGAGGAGUUGUGCACUAAACCGCAUGACGAGUCCAGAGCUUCCGUUUCAUCAGAACCAGACUGUUCCCCUUGCCCUGCCCCAGCCUCCAGUGAACAGACUAACAACCAAAAGCCGGUGAGGCCGAAGUCAGCCAUGUUACCUGAGAAAGACUACAGCCUGUCUGAGCUGCUGUGUCAGAUUGACUCCGGCUUGUCUCGCAGUUUUAGCAAUGUCAAAGAAGAGUCCCUUGAGAGCAAAGACAACACCAGCAAGAGACUGUCAGGCAUCUCCUCCGUAGACUCAGCUUUCUCAUCCCAAGGCUCGAUUACAUUGUCCUUUGAGAAGGAAAAUGCUGUGAAUGACUCCAGUGAGCUACAGAAGAAGAAGCUUUGUGAAGCCAUUCGCACUGAGGACAUCGCCAAGCUGAUGAAAAUCCUCCAACCACAAGACGUUGACUUGCUCUUGGAGGGUGGCUGCAACCUGCUCCACUUUGCUGUGAGUCUGGCCAAUGAGGAGGCAGUUAAGUUUCUUCUUCUUAGCAACUGCAACCCUAACUUGCCCAAUAUCCACGGAGCCACGCCCCUCCACCUGGCCGCUGAAAAGCGUCUGAAGGGAGUGUCUGAGAUUCUCCUGAGCCGCAAAACAACAAAUGUCAACGCCAAGGAUGAGGACCAAUACACACCUCUACACUUCGCAGCACAGAACGGUGACGAAGCCCUAACCCGUUUACUCCUAGACCGCAGUGCUUCCAUUAACGAAACAGAUGCUCAGGGACGCACGCCGACACAUAUCGCCUGCCAUCACGGACAGGAGAACGUGGUGAGGGUCUUGCUAAGUCGCGGAGCUGACGUCCACGUGAAGGGUAAAGACGACUGGACGGCGCUACACCUGGCUGCCUGGAAAGGGCAUUUGGGAAUUGUGAAGCUCCUGGUGAAGCAGGCAGGGGCAGAUGUUGAUGGGCAGACGUCGGACGGGCGCACUGCACUGCAUCUGGCAUCUCAAAGGGGGCAGUACCGAGUGGCACGAAUCCUGGUGGAGCUCGGCGCCAAUGUGCACCUCACCUCCGACGGCUUGCACAGUCCACUUCACAUAGCUGCGGACACCGGCCACACCAGCACUUCAAGGCUGCUUGUGAAGCACGGUGCUGAGAUCAACGGCCGAACAGCCAAUGGCUGCACCGCCUUGCACCUGGCAGCACAGAAAGGCCACCUUCCGACGGUUAAAAUGCUCCUGUUAGAGGGUGCCGACCCUGAGAGCAUCAACCAAGGCCUUCGCACAGCAUGUCAUCUGGCUGCCGAGAACGGCCACUGUGAGGUUCUCAAAGAGCUUCUGCAGAGCUGCCCUGAUCUCGCUAACACUCAAGAGCAGAACGGAUUCACUCCGCUUCACCUGGCUGUACGCGGUGGCUACAAAGAUGCAAUCUGCGUUCUGCUCGAACGUGGCGCCGAUGCCGCACCGUUGUCUCCGCGUCCCGCCAGAGAAAAUUCGCUAGACUACACGUCGGAAUCAGAGCCGGAGAGUCCGAAUCCCCUCACCCCGACAAAACUCCAAAGGAAAGUAGUCGUUCUGAAACUCACCAGCCACAAAAACACUGACAGCACACGGAUCCCUGUAGACGCGCCAUGCGAAUCGGCACUUUGUUGAGGGUCCUGCUGGGGUUUCACUUCAUGGACUUCAGAAACCCUUGCCAAUAUACUCACAGACACUUUCUCCCUCUUUCUAUCAUUAUAAAAACUGACAGAUGCUGGAAAAGAGGGACUUUAUCCACUGGGAUUUAAUGUACAUAUUGUAAUUACUUAUUUCCUCCAGGGUUUGGGCUCCUAUUGGCUUUCCUCCUUAAUAAUAGAGUUAUUUUGUGAGUGGAAAUGCAUUUAUGUAUAUAUAUCGGUACUGUAGAGCCUGGAUAUUGUACUUCCUUUCACUUAUUUUCAUUGCUGUUUUGAUGUACAGUUGAAGUCAAAAGUUUACAUACGCCUUGCAGAAUCUGCAAAAUGGUAAUUAUUUUACCAAAAUAAGAGGGAUAAUACAAAAUGCAUGUUAUUUUUAAGUUAGUACUGACCUAAAUAAGAUAUUUCACAUGAAAGAUGUUUACAUAGAGAAAAUAAUAGUUGAAUUUAUAAAAUGACCCUGUUCAAAAUUUUACAUACACUUGAUCCUUAAUACUGUGUUCUUGCCUGAAUAAUCCACAGAUGUUUUUGUUUUGUUUUGUUUUGUUUUGUUUAGUGAUAGUUGUUCAUGAUAUCCUUGUUUGUCCUAAACAGAACUGCCUGGUGUCUUUCAGAAAAGUCGUUUUUUUUGUUUUAGCUUUUUUGUGUAUUUAAACCCUUUCCAAAAAUGACUGUAUGGUUUUAAGAUCCAUCUUUUCACACUGAGAACAACUGAGGGACUCAUAUGCAAAUAUUACAGAAGGUUUAAAUGCUCACUGAUGCUUCAGAAGGAAAAACAAUGCAUUAAGAGACGGGGGUGAAAACUUUUGAAAGGAAUGAGGAUGCGUACAUUUUUUGGCUGAAUAUCAUAUUUUUUCCAUUUAGUACUUCUCUUCAGAAGCUACAGAAGAUACUUACAUGUUUCCCAGAAGACAAAAUAAGUAACAUUUACGGUGAUCUUCAAAUUCAAAAGUUUUCACCCCCCGGCUCUUAAUGCAUCAUGCUUUCUCCAGAAUCAUCAGUGAGCAUUUGAACCUUCUGUAAUAGUUGCAUAUGAGUCCCUCAGUUGUCCUCAGUAUGAAAAUUUCAAAAUCAUACAGUCAUUGUUGGAAUGGGUUCAAAUACACAAAAAUGCUGAAAACUCAAAGAAUUUGUGGAACCUAAACUGUUCAGGAUAAACAAAGGACAGCUAUCAUAAACAACUAUCACUAAACAAUUCAGGUAACAACACAGUAUUAAGAAUCAAGUGUAUGUAAACUUUUGAACGGUGUAAUUUUGAUAAAUUCCACUAUUAUUUUCUCUAUUGGACUAUAUGUAAACAUCUUUUAUGUGAAAUAUAUUAUUAUAAGUGCUAAAUAAAAAACAGCCUGCGUUUUGUAUGAUCCCAAGUUUACAGUAUCUGCUAAAUGUUAUUUUACCAAAAUAAGGUAAAAUAACAUUUAGCAGAUUAUGUAAACUUUUGACCUCAGCUGUAUGUCUAUGAUUUCAUUGUUUUCUUCUUCCUCUUCUUGUUACCAGAGUACAGUAGUUGUUGAUGCAAUGCAGGCAACCCCAAAAUUGUUUAGACGUUUCUAUUAUAACAUAUUAGAAUAAGCUUACCCUAUAUCAGCACUUCAAAGCUAUAAUUUAAACAGAAAUGGCAAA